UAAAACCCCUUGUAACCUCAAAUUACAAAAAUGUUCGUUCUCCUAUGAUAAAUUCUCAUGGCCCAUCCAUUCUUAUAUUAUCAAUGAAUACACGUCCACGAUCUAAUUGGUCUAUAUUUAUUUUAUGUCUAUGAUCUUAUCUUUAUGUUGUACCUGUAGUAACAGGUAGAAAUUCAAUCGUCUGCUCAGUUGUCCGUUCACUAUUUGCAAUUCAUAGUUUUGUACUUGGUUUUGUUAAUAUUUGAUUAGUUAAAUACGUGGCGAGAAAUCAUGUCAUACCUCGAAAAGAAAAAUUUAAUCGUACGGAACCUACAAGAGGUACUCGGUGAAGAUAAACUCGAUACCAUAUUGAAAGAAAGAGAUUUAAAAAUUUAUUGGGGUACAGCCACUACAGGACGACCGCACAUUGCAUAUUUUGUUCCCAUAUCCAAAAUAGCAGAUUACUUAAAAGCUGGCUGUGAGGCAUGUAUUCUUAAAUUUAUUAAUAAAGAAUGCUGAAUAACACUUUACUAAUAUAAUUAUUAGUUUUUAUAAUGUUUAAAAAUUAAAAACUGAUGGAAUUUCGCCUUUGAUAGUUACAUAUUAUUAUACAAUUUUAUUGACCCAAAAACGAAAAGCCUAAGUUAAACAUAACAUAUUAAAAAUGUAUUAUUUAGUGCCCUUAGGGUUAAAAAUGUGUAACCAUUAAAAAUAUGAUUACAGGUAACAAUAUUAUUUGCCAAUUUGCAUGCUUAUUUAGAUAAUAUGAAAGCUCCAUGGGAACUAUUGGAUCUCAGAGUGCAAUAUUAUGAAUUUUCAAUUAAGGCCAUGUUGAGUUCAAUUGGUGUACCAUUAGAAAAAUUAAAAUUUGUUCGAGGAACAGAAUAUCAGCUUUCAAAGUGAUUUUUUAUUGACUUAAUAAUUUAUUUGUACUAAAAUUUAAAAAAAAAUUAUUCUAGAGAAUAUACAAUGGAUAUGUACAGAUUAAGUUCAACAAUUACUGCACAUGAUGCUAAAAAAGCUGGAGCAGAAGUUGUGAAACAAGUUGAUAAUCCAUUAUUAUCUGGGUUACUAUAUCCUGGUUUGUUGUAGAUAUUAUUUGACAUUAUACAACCAAAUUAUUUAAGAACAUGCUACACGGGUGUUCGUUCCCUUAUCUUACUAAUACAUGACAGCUCAUUUGCAUUUAGUAAAAACAGUUGUAUGGUUUUAGUUUUGAUUAAGAGUGAAUUGACUUAUCAUCAAACUUCAGCAUGAGGUCAUAAUCUAUGUUUUUUUUUUUUUAAUUUUUCUGACACGUUAAUUUUUAAUUGAAUUAUAAGCCUUCUUCAAUUGCAAUAUUUGAUACUCAUAUCUCGUUUAAAAAUUUAAAAACUAACAUCCAAAUACAGAUAAUGUUCUUCCCUUAAGUUUGAUAUUUCUGAAUUUACUCUAAAACUAGGACCUUAAAAUUGGUGAAUGUAAAUUUUCUAUGCUAUGCGUUUUUAGGACAGAGUCAACAAAUGCUAUGUAAUAUUCACUUAAACUUGAUGUUAUAUAAAUUGUAUUCUAUUUAGUAUCAUAUAUUGGACUAUGAAAGUUAUCAAGUAAAGCUCAGUGGCCCGCAAUGUGUUUUAUACUUUGGGCCAAUGUAAAUUGGAAUGUUGAGUCAUUAAAUUAUAUCGAACUCUGAUAAUUAUAUUUCUCAAUACGGUAUUGUUACUAGUACAUGAAUGUAUUGAUUUUACAAUUACUAAAUAUGUAUGUAUACAUAGAAAGUGAGAGUAUUGUACAAAGAUGUGAUCAUCACAAUAUCUUAGAAAUUAUUUACAAAUAGUUCUAAAAUGUUAUGUUAAUAUUAUUUAUCAGGGUGAACCAAUUAUCUGCUUUUAUUUUUAAAUGACAAUCUAUGUUAAAAAUUUCAUAAAUAGAUGGAUUAUUGAUGUGAAUACCUUGUGAUAUUGACAUUUUUGAUAAUUGAUUAAGUUUCGGAAUAGGAAAAGUUUUAGUGAAGUAUCAUUUUUGUAUAGUGGUACAUUGUUCCCGCUACUCUCCUUUACCCAAACUCAAAAGUGGAUUAUCUCGUCAAUGGGUUGACUGGAAAUCAAAAAUUUAAAGUACUUAAUACUCUGUCUGUGUAUGCAAUUUUUAAUAUAGGUUAUUAAAUCAAAAGUAGGUAGUCAGUUCAAACCCAAAAAUAAUGGUAAUGGUAACAUUUCAGUGCUACCUACUUAUUUCUUAAAUAGAAGAAUAAAAACUUCUGAAUAUGUACUACAUAUUCAGAGGGACAAAUUAAUUUUCUAAUUAAUCCCUCUAUUUCCUCCCCUCGAAAUUUGAAAAAUGCCAUUUCUAAAGCAUUAUGUACUAAUUCUAUAGUUUAAAAUAUUAGUUUUUUUACUUGUGAAUUGACACAAUAUGCAUUUUUUUUUCUGUAUAUGAGCCUUUAAUAAUGUAUAGAGCACUGUAGGUGUUCAUAACUUAUAUUGCACUUAUAGCCUAACAUGAACAUAUAUAUUUAUGUUAACAAAAAUUUUGUUUGAGGACUGUUAUUAAUAUUUGUUAUUUGAAUAUAAUUAAAAGGAUUGCAAGCGUUAGAUGAAGAGUAUCUCAAAGUUGAUGCUCAAUUUGGUGGUGUUGACCAGCGAAAGAUAUUUACUCUGUCUGAAAAAUAUCUCCCGCAAUUGGGCUACACUAAAAGAAUACAUUUAAUGAAUCCAAUGGGUUAGUUUUUUUUUUAAUGAACAAAUAAUUAUUUUAAUUAAUGAACUUAUUGUAACUUAUAUUUUCUUGUGUUUGUUAGUUCCUGGAUUAGCUGGAGGUAAAAUGUCUUCUUCUGAAGAAGAUAGUAAAAUUGAUUUGUUAGACUCACCUGCAAUAGUGAAAAAAAAACUAAAAAAAGCAUUCUGUGAACCAGGAAAUAUUACAGAAAAUGGCUUACUUGCAUUUGCCAAACAUGUAAUAUUUGGAUUAUUUCAACCAGAUGAAAGUAUGAUAAUAUAUUUUAUAAAACACUGUAUACAUAAAAUCUAACUAUUUUUACUUCAAGAAUUUAAAAUAUCCAGGAAUGAAGCCAAUGGAGGCGAUUUAAAUUUUAACAAGUAUGAAGACCUUGAAAAAAGUUUUGCUGAACAAAAACUUCACCCAGCUGAUUUAAAAGCUUCUGUUGAAUUUUAUAUCAAUAGACUAUUAGAUCCCAUUAGAAAAAUAUUUGAUACACCAGAGUUACAACAAUUAGUUGCCAAAGCAUAUCCAGCUCCAACAAAACCCAAAAAAACAGGUAAAUAAAAAAUAGAAAAAAAAUAAAUAUAUUAAUCAAAGUAUUUAGUGUUUAAUUUUAAUUUGCCAGUGUUUUAGGAUAUUUUAUUAUACUUUUUAGAAUAGCAGCUUUUUCCUAAUUUGUAGUAGCAAGUUAUCAGGACAACGUAGGGGACAUGGGUAUUCCUUUAUCUGUAAUAAUGGGUUUGUCUUGAUCCAUUUUUAAAAGAGAUUUUGGAUGUGGUUUUUGUACAAGUUGGUUUUGUGAGAUUUAAGUAAAUACUUUAGUUUGUGGAAUGGGAAUUGUAUUUUGUCUUAUCAGCUGGGUAAUGAGAUUAUUGCCAUUUCGAUCUAGCUCUAUAUUUUUUAGCAAUAAGUUGUUUUAAUUCUGGAUUUAGAUUGGGUGUUUGAGUAAAAGGUGGCUUCAAGGUAGAUAAAUUCUUGGCGGCGGCAUUUUGGAUGUCAGCAGAAAGUUUGGCGAUACCUUGGUCAACAUCAGUAGAGGGUUGGGCUCCAAUGAAAAGUAAGAUCAGAAGCUGGAUCUUUUAAAUUUACAAUUUCGGUGGAAAAACGAUUGGGAAGAUAAAGAAGUCAAUGGUGUCUGGAUGACGAUUGCUAUGUGUACCGUUAUGACUGUUACUUAGAAACUAUUAACCCUAGAGUACACAUUUCAUGGUCUAAAAUACUGGUUUUUUUCUGAUCUGAUGUCUAGAAAAUAGAAUAGUUCAAAGUUCAUUAUUUAUACAAAAACGGUCUAAAAGACUGUGUGCGUGCUAUACUGUGACAUUUAUAAACAAUUUAAUCUUAUACAAAUUAAAUUGUGGGUUAUUUUUAACUAUGUUUCUUAAUAAUUUUUGGCCGAUAAAUGUUUAUCAAUCAAUACUUUAUUUCCAUUGUGUCUGGCGAGAUUGUUGUUAGUUGACAUUGGUUCACCAUACUGUGUGUAACUAUAUUAUACGUACGGAUAUGACGUCAUAUGUGCAAUCUAAUACAAAUAUUGCCGUAGACGAGAUCAUUGUUGGUGAUUCAUUUAUCAUCAUUAAAUUUUACUUUUAAUAAUAAGUAAUAAUUAUUUUAAUUUGUUAGUUUUAGUAUAAAUAUUUCAACACACAGACAAAAACACUGUGUGCGUGGAUUUUCAUGAAUAUUUUUAAUGCAUGUGCUCUAGGGUUGACAAAAAUGUAAUUUAAAUAUAAAUAUUUGUAGUCUUCAUACUUGUGUUAGUAUAUAAAAAAACAGAAUUUGAUUAUCUUUAUGAUCUCCGGAGUUAUUCAAGAGGUAUAUCUUCAUUGUAUAGCAAUGAAAAAAAAAACCAAAUGUAAUAAGUUCCGGGCUCUACUACUAACCAACUAACCUACUCUACUGGAAGUGAUAUCCACAUGUCUCCUGUAGGAGUAGGAUUUUCCUUUAUAAAUUAUACUUGAUAUUUUAUUAAAUUAUAAUCAUUGUUUACUGAUUACAUGUAACAGAAAAAAAUAACAGUAAUCAACAAGAUGAAAUCUUACCUAGUCGUUUGGAUAUUCGCAUUGGUAAAAUAAUAGAAGUAUCUAAACACCCAGAGGCUGAUGCAUUGUAUGUUGAAAAGAUUCAUGUUGGUAUGUUCAUAAUAUUAAUUUAUUUUGUAAAUGUAUUGGUUUUAAAACAUUUUUUUACCAAAAAUCUUGUUUUAAUCAAUUUCAAUGGUUGUUUCUGAAUACAAAUUCUGUUUAGUUAGGGAGUUCAUUUUUUUGAUUUUCCUUGGAAUUUUUAAUAAUUUAUAUUCACAAUAACAGUUUGUAUAUAACCCCAAAAAUAAUAGUAAUGUAAUAUUUUAGAGCUGCUUAUUUCUUAAAUUAUAUAAAAAAGAGUGAAUUUUGAGUAAAUAAUAAGUGUUUCCCAUUAAAUGAGAACUACCUUGAAUGUAUACUAACUUCAGUAUUUGAAAAUAUGUUUCUAAAUGUGAUAGGAUUUUUAAAAUGUUCAAAUUUUUAUGUUGAUAAUAUUGUUAUGAACCAACAAAAAUGUAUAAUUUAUCCAUCAUAAUUUGUAUAUAGUGAUAAAACAAAUUGUGUAAUAUAGUUCUUUUACAAGUUCAAAUUUUAAUGAAAAUUACUCAGAAUUGUUUUUCUAUAUCAUUUAUUUAUUGUUUAUUUUUUAGAUAUAAAUUAAAAUACUCUUUAUAUCCUACCAAUGUUGGGUUAGUGGCACACCCAUCAACAGUGUCUACUCUUUAGCCUAAGAAUUUUUGGUAAAUACACAUUUUUUACUUUUAAUGCAUCCAGAUAGUUGAAGUCUCUUUUCAAAAAUUAAAUGAGCAAUGUGUCUACUUUCUAGAAAAUAUAAAAUCCUAAAUUUGCACGCAAUUAAAAAUAAUGAUGAAAAAAGUUUUAUUUUAAUCUGUUCUUAACUUAUAACACUAAUAUUUAUGUAUCUACACACUAUAUUUUGCUAAAAAAAAAAAAAUUUCCAACCAAUUUUAUUGUUUAUUUGAAUUAAUUUUUUUUUUUUGAAAACUUAAAGACACAAAUAGUGCUAUGUUGUGUUAUAUUAUCAUUAUUUUUGAUUUUCAAAUAGAACCUAUAUUGAAAAUGACUUAAAUAGAUUAAGUUUUAGUUAAAAUAAAUAUUGGCAUUAAAAUUUUUGGUCGGGGGAGAGUAGUAGAGUAGUGUCAUUUGUGUGGCAAGUGGUGCACAUUGCUUAAAUAAUGCAUUAUCACUUUCCCCUAACCAAAAUUUAAAAGUGGAAUAAAAAAUAAAAAUAAAAAUCAUCAAAAUUUAUUUUAACUCCGUCUAUUUAGGGUAUUUUCAAUAUAGAUUGCCAUUUGAUAAUUAAAAAGAUACAGUCGUUUUACCCCAAAAAUAAGGGUAACAAAAAAUGAUAAUGUAACAUUGUAGAACUGUUUGUUUAUUUAGUUUUCAAAAAUUAUAUUUCAAAAUUAGUCAAUAAUUCUUGAAAUAAUGAGUGUUCAAUGGUCAAAGAAUCAACGGAUUUAUAUAUAAAUAUAAAUAUUUUAUAUCAGUGUUUUCUUAAAAGGAUGUAUACCACUAAAAAUCAAAAAAUUAGGAACAUAAGCUAGUAAAAAGGCGUAUUUAAAUACAGAAAAUUUAGUUAGUAAUGUGGACUAAAAGAUAUCCAAGCACCCUUUUAAAAUAUAAUUAAAUCAAUACUGAUUUGUUUAAAACAGCAUAUACUACAUUCAAUGCAUGUAUACUUUAUGUACAAGGUAUUAUGUAUACAAGUAAUUUUAUUAUUCUCCAUGAUAAACAUUAAUUUUGUUUUACUGUUUCUUUGUAAAACAGUUUUUUUUUUUUUGUUUUCCUGAAAAAAAAAAGUGUUUUAGUGAUGUUUCUAAGUGUAACAUCUAUAUUUUUUUAUAAAAAAAAAUAAUUUUAAAUUUAAAAAGUUAAAACCAUUGAUUUUAUGAUGGGCAUAAACCUGAAGUUUUAUUAUUAGAAUCUUAAUAAAACAAUUUACCCAUGCUUCAUAUUUAAUUUCCGUUAUUAUCUACAGGAGAAGACCAGCCUAGAAUAGUAGUUAGUGGUCUUGUGAAAUUUGUACCAAUUAAUGAAAUGCAAGACAGAUUGGUUGUUGUUUUAUGUAAUUUAAAACCUGCUAAAAUGAGAGGGAUUGAAUCAAGUGGAAUGGUUCUCUGUGCAUCAGUGUAAGUGUACUCUAUUUAAUUUGAAUUUUUUUUUUCAAUAAACAUUAAAUCAAUUAUUAUAUUUAAUAGUGAAGAAGAUGGUGUAAAAUUUGUUGAACCUUUAGAACCAGCCGAUGGAAGCAAAGCAGGUGAUAAAGUUUUUGUUGAAGGUUAUGAACAAGGUGAACCUGAUAAAAUUUUGAAUCCAAAAAAAAAAAUUUGGGAACAAUUACAGGUAUAAUUUCAAUAAUACAAAUUUCAAAUGUAUGUUUUUUUAAAAACACAAAUUUUUAUUGUAGGUGGAUUUGAAAGUUUCUAAUUCAUGUGAGGCACAAUGGCGGUCUAAUAAUUUACAUACAAAUGCUGGAAAAAUUCUUUGUAAAACAUUAAAAAAUGUUCAUAUUGCUUAAUAUUAAUAAUAAAAUAAAAUAUAUAAGAAAUUUUAAAUAGCCAUGUUUAAUAUAUUGUAGAAAAUUAACAACUAGAAUUAGUUACUAUACUCAUAAAGUUUGAUACAUUUGAAUGAUUUUCGUCUUCAUCAGACAUGUCACUUAAAUUUCUUUCAUUUUCAUCAACUAUAGUUGAACUAAACAAUUUUUUUGAAAGGAUAGCUUGCAUUUUUAUUGUUUCAAAUAACUGUUGAAGUUCUGUCUUAGCAAGUUUUAUAGCUAAUGCUUGUCUGUUAUAAUUAGUAUACUGUCUAUCAAUAUCAUAUUCAAUAUUAUUUUUAUGAUCUUCACAAUAUUUGAACAAAUCUUUUAUCGUAUUAUUUUCUGAUAUUGAUACAGUAUGAUUAUUUGUUUUCUCUAAUCCAGCCAACACACCUUUCUUCAUUUGCCUAAGAAAAUGUUAAAUUAAUAUGCUGAUGAUAUUUGUACCCGGAGGUAAAGGACCAUGUUCAUUGUUGAUGAAAUUGAGUUAGCCCCAUGUUCUUGAACAUUUUUUGUUCUACAUUCAGUUAUCAUAACUAAUGUAAAUCAGGCAAUGGAAAAUAAAAUCAUACGGUUAUGCCCAUAAGUGUACAACACUAUGUUCACAAGAGAUGCAUAAGUUUUAGAAAUGAUCAAAAUCGAAUAAUAAAAUUACUGUUUCUAUUAUAUAAUGAAUAUUAAUAAUGAUGUGUUAAAGUUGUGUAGUGCAAUUUGUAUUAAUCACAAAAAAAAAAACCAAU